ACGCUCUCCGCGGCGAGGGCGGGGUGGGUUGUGGUGGGGUUUUUAAAAAAUACAUAUUUUACUCUUCUUCCCCCUUCGCCAGACGCGCGGCUGAGCAGAGGCAGCGCUCCGGAGCCCCCCCGGCCACGCGGGCCGAGGCCGGGUCCCGCCGCCGCGGGCACCGGAACGCCGGAGGCGGCCCAUGGCCGCGCCGCCCCGCUGAGCCCGCGGGCACCGGCGGCCGUCCGGCCCCCCUGCCGCCGCCGGGCGAGGAAACACAGCGGCCACCAUGGCGCGGUGCUGGUGGCUCGCCGGGCUGCUCCUAGCCUGCGCGGCCGCGGAGCCCCCGCUGCGCUGGGAGCCGCGGUGCCGGCAGCAGCUCCGCCACCUGCGGGACGGCGGCGGGAUCGCGGCGCGGCUGCCGCCCCGCCUGGAGGGACGCUGGGUCUCCACCGGGUGCGAGGUGCGGCCGGGACCCGAGUUCCUCACGCGGUCCUACCUCUUCUACGCCAACCGCCUCUUCAAGGCCCUGCAGUUCUACUACUGGGACCCCUCCUGCCGCGACCCCUCCUACUCGCUGGUCAUCAAGGGCAAGCUCCGGCUGCGCCAGGCCUCCUGGAUCACCCGCGGGGCCACCGAGGCCGACUACCACCUCCACAAAGUCGGCAUCGUUUUCCACAGCCAGAAGGCCAUGCGGGAGGUGGCCUCCUGGAUCAACACGACGGCGGGCUGCGGCGGGUUCCUGCGCCCGGGGCGCAGCUGGGCGCCUGGGGCCCUCUACGAACUGCUGAGCGCCAAGAGCGAGCGCGACUGCACGCCCGCCCUGGGCUUCGCCAUGCACGAGCUGAGCCUGGUGCGGGUGGAGACGCGGUACCAGCCCGUGGCGCGGCCGCAGCAGAGCGGGAGCCGGCUGGUGGAGGAGCUGUACCUGGGGGACAUCCACACCGAGUGGGGCGAGCGGCUCCACUACCGACCCACCGGCUACCAGCGGCCGAUGCAGAGCGCCGUGCACCAUGUGCACCCUUGCCCUGCCUGUGGGAUUAUAUACAGAGCUGAUGAACACCACCCUCCCGUUCUACCCGCCCAAGCUCAGCUGCCGAUGCAGCUCAGCGGCAGCUGGGUGAGCACCCACUGCGAGGUGCGACCUGCCGUGCUCUUCCUCACCCGCUACUUCAUAUUCCACGGUAACAACCACACCUGGGAAGGUUAUUACUAUCACUACUCCGACCCGCUCUGCAAACAGCCGACUUUCACCAUCUACGCAUCGGGGCAUUACACCCAAGGCAUCCCCUCCUCCAAAGUGCGAGGUGGCACAGAGCUGGCUUUUAGAGUCACUCAGGCUCGGGUGACGCCGAUGGACCAGGUGACGGUGACGAUGCUGAACUCCUCGGAACCCGGGAGCUGCGGGCUGACGAGCUCCUGGAGCGCCGGGGUGGAGCAGGAUAUCACACCCACCAACGGGUGCUUGGCUCUGGGCAUCAGCCUGCCCCACACGGAGUACGAGCUGUUCAAAACGGAGCACGACGCGCAGGAGCGCAGCCUGCUGUACAUCGGGGAGCGUCCCACCGACGGAUCCAGCCCCGACAGCCCCGCCAAGCGACCCACCUCCUAUCAGGCACCUCUGGUUCAGUGUGCCGGAGCGCCAGAGGAAUUCUCUAACUACCUUAGUCUAAAAUACUCGGGAAAAAAGGAUGCUAAUGGGAAUGAAGCACUAAAACCUUUGCCUGUGGCCUUUUUAUUGUUCGUAGCACUUGUGUUUUUAAGGUGGGACUAGUUAUCUGUUCAGGUACAGCACAGAAUUCAGAUAGUCUUGGUGCUAGCAUGAUUUUCAGGUCCUUCAAAUGAGCACAUCUGGAAUCAGUUUUACUCAGAUUUGGAAAUACUUUUUAAAAACACCCAACAACAGUGAAUGAAGCCAAGAAGACAUGCCUGCCUACAUGCUGUUCGUCCUGUGGCUUUAUUGCCUAAUCUCCCCUCUUCUUUGUGUACAAAUUUAAUGUAGUGACAUGGAUGCGCUGCACAUUGCAAUAGAGAAUUCAGCAAUACGGGGGCGGGGGGAAGCGACAUCAAUUACAAGUGCUGCCUUGAGCUUUUGACAUUGCUAAAAUUUAAUCAAGAGCUUGAUUCAGAUGUAAUUCAAGCAUCCGAAGUGUCGGCUGCUGAGUUUUUUUGAGGUUACGUUCCCUCCCAUCGUACUCCUUAUUGCUGUUCUUGCAAAUCUGAUCUGCAGAGUCAGUCAGCAAUAAACAGUCAGCAAGUGCUCUUGAUAAGGGCACAGUUAAUCAUGUCUUUUCUCAGUUCACAGACAUUUUCUGCAGUUUUCGUGUGUAUGCACACACACAAAGACACAACGCACACUCUGCCAUUAAGCACGUACAAAAAGCAGCCCUCGCAGAGCCUUACUUUGACAGACUCUUGCGCCUGACCCCGGUCCUAAGAGAAGAUACAGCAAAUGGAAAAGGCUUCUGUGCACACCUGCUCCCACCUCCAGCGUUACCCAGCUGCAGACACUGCAUCCCAGCUGCAUCAUUCCA